GCUUACGGGAAUUGCGAAAGAAGAGCAUGAAAGAGGAGAAGCAUGUUCAUUUGUAGCGAGAUGAAGAAGCGCGUGGAAGAGAAAAUGAAAUUUGAUUGAAGAUAAAGGUUUACUCUAUUUUGAGUGGAAAAUAGGUUUUUCUGUUGUAGGUGCCUUAACUCGUUUUAUCAUCGCCAAAUUUCUUUUAAAAAAAUGUACAUAAAAUUUAAAAAAAAAAAAAUUUGGGUGGAAAAAGCAUAUGUAUUUUAGAUACUUCAAACCAUGUUGCUGGGAGAAAUUUUUAAUACGGAAUACUCAAGGACCUCGCCACACCCUCGGCUCUGAGAUGGCCCAGUGGAAAUGGUGGUCAUGGAGGAUUCUCGGCCGUACCAAGCGAAAGGGCGUCGAUCUAAGGCUGAAUGCUGCCAUCGAAAUCGCUCCACUCAACUCGCUCAACGUCCACAAGAGGUUCUCCUUCCUCCUCCGCCUGCAGCAGUCAUUCAUAGCAAUUAACUUGGAAACCAACUAUUUCGACCGAAAGGAAACUUCAAAAAAUUCGAAAAUUUGUCGGUUAUUGGCAAAGAUCUUCGCCCGCUGGGGAAGGAAGCAGUGGCUCAGAAGCAAUGUUUGUGCUCAGAAGAGUUCAAAGCAUUGGCUAUCCCGUCUCUCUUCUCUGCAGGUUUUAUCUACAAAGACUUCACCUUUAAAUUGGAGUUGGAUGAUAUGGUCUGCGAUUUUUAUUUUAUUGUUACUUUUCAUUUGUGAGGUAAUGUUGACAAAUGAUAAUCUUCUAUGCACUUUUUAUGACAAUUUGUCCUACUCUUUUAUUGUUUUCUCAAUGAAAUGAUUGUAUCAUAUAUUUAUCAUGACAAUAUCUUCAAGCUACCCUUUGCCACAUGUGAAACUGAGAUAUGCGGCACUUUUCUAA